UCUCCCCUCAGAGAAGCAGGCAGGAGCUUUGGCCCUCUUGGACAACUACUUCGUUGCUUCUCUCUUGGAUUUCCAUCCUCUCAGAAGAGGUCUUUGACCAUUUCUGAAGUCCUAGAGUUUUAUGUUCUAUGCAGGAAAGUAAUUUCUCCCAUAUUCUGCCUCUGCUUUCCAGCUGCAAACUGGAGAUAGUGAAACUAACCUAAAUAACAUUACUUAUUUACUGAAAUAGAAUAUGAUCAUACUUCAGUAAAAUAAUGGGCUUUUUUAAGAACAGAACUAUCUCAAUGUGUUUUAUUAGUUAUUGAAAAUUAUCCCAACUCAGUGAUCUUUAUUAAUUAUUUCUUCUCCUACAAAUCUUUCCUUAGCAAUUGGAACUGUGUCAGAGAUUAUAUAAACUGCAUUUUCAGCUGCUGUUGCUUUUUCAGUCCUACUGUAAACUUAUUGGACAAGUGCAUGAAGUCAGUUCCAUGCCAGAGCUGUUAAAUAUGUCAAGAGAACUGAGUGAGUUGAAGAAAAAUCUUAAGGAUGCUACUGCUGCAAUCGCAGCUGAGCCUCUGACAACAGAAUCGGAGCCCACAUUCAAUUCUACGGAAGCAGCUAUUCAGUCCAUGCUGGAGUGUUUGAAAAACAACGAACUUGUUAAAGCUGUCCGACAAAUAAGAGAAUGCAGGAUUUUGUGGCCCAAUGAUAUCUUUGGAAGUAGCUCUGACGAUGAAGUCCAGACACUACUGAACAUCUACUUCCGGCACCAAACCUUGGGUCAGACGGGCACCUAUGCACUGGUGGGCUCCAACCAGAGCCUGACUGAAAUCUGUACCAAAUUAAUGGAACUGAAUAUAGAGAUCCGUGACAUGAUUCGCAGAGCUCAGAGUUACCGGGUCAUCAAUACUUUUCUUCCAGACUCCAGCGUUUCCGGCACAAGUCUCUGACAGGACUUUUGUGUCCUCUUUCAAGCUGGGAGUGCUGCCCUGUUGGAGUGAGGUGGCUCAAUGUCUUCUCAGCCUUACAAAGGUUUGGUCAAACUGUACUCACUCUUGUUACAUUUAGGAUUUCUUCUAAAAAGAGAUGGGCUGAACUUCAAAUGUGUAGCAAUACUGUAAGGACAAAGGUAGCAUAGAGCAUCUGGGACAACAUCCUUUGUUCUCUGUUGAACAAAAAUCAGUUAGCAUUUCACUGAGCAACUGCAACUCACUACUGAAGAAGUGACUUCCAUUGCAUACCAAAGCCUACUACACUGAACAAUACUUCCUUUAUAGCAAAUUAAUUUUAGGUUGGCAAAAGUGCAAUGUUUCCUUCACAAAAUAAUAUUUUUUGUUAAGAAAAAAAAAACUUGUACAUUUUUCCUUUUUUUUUUUCUCUUAUUUGGUUGAGUGAAAGAUGGGCAGAAUGAAGCUGGCCACAGAAUCUCGCAAACUUGUUGGUCAAAAGCUGAGAGCCUGUGUUUAUGAAACAAAUUGUAAAUGGACUACAGUUUAAUGUACACUGUAAUUUGAAUA